AUGGACGAUCCGGUGGACAAGAUCGAGCGCAUCGAGGAGGAGAUUGCUGAUGCAGAGAGCAUCCCUGACAAGCUGACGGGCGAGGAUUCCGGGAAGGAGGAGAAGGACUCAGGCCCAGCAUCCGAGCGGCGUUGGACGAUUGAGAUUCUGUUCAGGCAACCCAUAUACUCCAGCGAUACGGGUCCACGAUUGCCACAAGAGCUUAUUGAGCGUAUCUGCGAAUUCCUCUGGGACGAACCGGUCCAGCUAGCGGUCAGCUGCACGCGCAUUUGCCCCGCUUGGUAUCAUGCUGCACGGCGACUUCUGCCAGAGCAUGCCACCAUCACCUGUCGAACCCGAGAGGCCCUGCAAGACUAUGCGCAUACACUCACAUCCCAUCGUAAUGCGCCAUAUCGCAACCGGUUCGAAACAUUGUCGAUCUACAACAAUGCCAGCAAGCCGUUCGCGCACGUUUGGCCUAUUUUCAUUCCUGGAUGGAUACUGCCGGUACUGCGUUCCGUAACUCUCAAGGACCUUGACUGGUCAACCAAGACACCGCAUGAUAGCUUCUUCGUCUAUCUGUCUUCUUACACCAGCAUCUCAAGCCUACAGAUGUACGACUGCAGGUUUCGCAGUCUACCGGAUCUUCGCAGGGUGAUCAAUGCCCUUCCCAGCCUUACGUGGCUGUAUUUUCGCAACGUAACACUACAGCACCCCCUCAGACCGGGAUCGGUUCCCGACUACAUCGCUCUCCGAAUCCGUUCACACAAGCUCGAGUCUAUUGAUCUGUGGUACAGCAGUGGCGUACCAGGGCAUCCUGACAUGUCCUCGGACUACCAAAGAUCAACGGCCCUCAAUUGUCAAGCUCUGCUGCAUAUGGUAGCCGCGAACUCAUCCACUGUUACCCGCCUCACCCUUGACCUGCGAUUCUUUACUUCGGCCUCAGCUCUUUGGCAAUGGCUAGCGCAUUUUGGCCGUCUGACCUCAUUCACAGCACAGUACCAAUUUGCCUCGGGCCCAACGAUCAUAUUCGAUGAUCCAAUUCCUGCGCGGACAGGGAACGCGUACAAACACUCAUGGUCAAAAUUUCUCCUUUCGAACGUCCCCGAUCCAUGUGCACUGCAGCUUCUGCAGCUGCUUGUUACCCCGGAAUCGUGCAGUGAACUGGAGGAACUUGAAUUCUAUCUUACAGGCCGGCCAUCCGCCACACUUGUAUCAGGUACUAGCCGUGUGCUCCAUACAUCCGGCCAUCGGCUCAGGAGUCUCGGGUGGAGAUGUUCAGCAGACCCAGAUCUCGAGGUCACUCCGUCACUUGCAGGGAAUACGUCUCUGCAAAGGUUAAUCAUAGACUCAUCGCCACAGAAGAUACACAGUGCUCUCACCGCCGUGCUAUCAGACAUCGUCAGCGUGGAUCUGCAGCACGUGUUGAUUCAUUUCACUCUAGCUCACCUCGAGCCUGAGGUGCUUCCACAGAAUCAUGGACGGACGCCCGUGGCACCAGAUCCUGCCGAGGCCAUCUCUGCUUUUCACACCAUUCUCUCGCGCGAGAUAUUCAAUGGGCUUCCGCUGCGCACUGUCGACAAGGGCGUAUGGGUUGUUUUCGACGUCAGAAACAUACAGGACAAUCCCGUCGUGGUAGCCACGAUCAAAGCCUACACGAUCAAUCUAUUGACGCCGUGGUUGGAUCGUGGAAUAGUGUCGUUGGACUUCUAUCCGGCGGACAGUUCGGAGAUUAUUACUUGUGUGCCCAUGAGGACACAUCGAGCGAUCGCGGAGGCGAGGAUGUCGAAGAAAACACACCCGUAGGAACGGAACAGUAGAACGAAGCUCAAGAGGGAAUUCGGAGGGAGACGGACACUGGCAUGAAGGGGUCGGGCGGACGCAGUUGGUCGCGCUGGAUGUUGUACGAUACACGGUCAAAUUCUCAACGACGGACAUUGUGUUUAGGACAACAGAUAUCACGACGACACUCUUGGUACAAAGCAUAGUCUUGAAGGAAUUAGCUUAUUAACGCGUCUCCUUCCGUGUUAUUCGCGCCGUUGCAUGUCCGGAUCAAAGCCAUUCAAUUGCAGAUAUUCGACAGAGGAAGGACCCGGUAAGACGCUGAGUAGCCGUCGACUGGACUCGUCGGGCC